GUCUUGAUAGAAAAUGUCGUACGAAUGUGUUUUUCAUUAUUAUCAAUGAAUUCAUGCCUCAGUGCUCUCAGUAUCUUAAGUUUUAUUGAGAUUUUCAUGUUCACAUGUUCAGCCGAGAGCAAUAUGGUUUUGAUAUAAAUUGAAAAUGUACAAAAAUGGUUCAUGAACUAGAGCUCGAUAAAGGAACAUGGAGUUUAGCAGUCUGAUAUUACCUCAAAAUAUAUGUCGUACUUGCCUUGUAGAAUCCGAUGCCAAUAUGUUCACAUGUAUACAAGAUUUAGUCGAACAUGAUAUGAAUAAAAUCAAGCUUAUAGACAUUCUGGUGUUUUUAAACUGUUUGGAGAACAAUGAUGAAGAAAAUUGGCCUCAGGGAAUGUGCUCUUCUUGUGUUUCAACUGCUUUGGUAGCAUAUAACUUCAAGUUAGAUUGUUUGAAGGCAAAUGCUGCACUCACACAAAUACUUUCUAUCCAGACAUCUGUUAAUUUGCAACCUGAUAUAGAUGCUAUAGAUAUUAGUGUUGUAUACCAAGAUCAUGAAUAUGAUGUUCCUCUCUUUAGUAAUCCAGCAUUGGAUUUUGAGCCUAGUGUAACUUCCAAUAAGGAAGUGGCUCCAUUGCCACCAGUUACCGAGAUUACAGCUACUGAACAACUUCCAAGACAAGAAGGUGAAAAGAAGUAUGCAUGUGGUUUGUGUUCCAAAUCUUUUACCAGGAUAUAUGGGCUGAAGUACCACAUGGCCAGACAUUCAAAUGUGAGGAGGCACUUAUGCCCUAAGUGUGGAAAAAAAUUUCAUCUUUCAAGUGGUUUGAAGCGUCAUUUAAUUUCCCAUCAAGAUGUUGCCCCAUUCAAGUGUGGAUUUUGUAAUAAAACCUAUAGGUCUAGGCAAUAUUUGAAAGAGCAUUUCAGACUGGCACACUCCAGUAACAGUAAACUAUUUGUGUGUGUUACAUGUGGUAAAAGGUUCACCGCAAAAUCAACUCUAAAAUGUCAUAUGAGAAGUCACACAGGAGAAAAAAAAUACUCUUGUCCACAUUGUCCUAAGGCUUACACUAGAGCUGCAUAUUUGAAGAUUCAUAUUCUUACCCAUAGUGGUCAGGAGAGACCAAAGCCAUUUUUAUGUGACCGAGAUGGAUGUGAGAGAAGAUUCUCAACCAAACAUUCUUUGCUGGUUCAUUUGGCACAUACCCAUAGUUCUGAGAGGCCAUUCAAAUGUGAAGCUUGUAACAAGGGGUUCCCUACAGCACAUGGUUUGAAGGUGCACAAAGAGACCCAUAACAGCAAGGAGCUUUGCUGCAGUAUAUGCGAAAAGAAAUUUACAAACAGAAGAGUUAUGCAAAAGCACAUGAAGUUGCAUGAUGCCGCAGCUGAUGAAAUUGUGCUUGAAACUGAUGACAUGAUACUAGAAACUGUAGUCGAUUCUGUAUUCUUUGAUUAGAAUACAUCCAAUUUUGUGAUAUUUGAGAUCAUUGAUUGAAUUAGUGUAGGGUUGCAUAUUGUAUUCAUUACUGAAAAUAGAAUAUUUUGUGAGUCCACCAAUGUGUAACAGUAAGUUUGUAAACAAAUAAAAAGUAAUUGAAA